AUGAAUGUGCCUUUCACCGAGGUCAUGUCCCAGAUGAUAACUUAUGUGAAGUUUCUUAAAGGAAUCCUUUCCAAAAAGAGGAAGUUGGAGGAACAUGAGAUUGUUGACAUGGCGACUACAACUAGUGCAGUUAUCCCAAGUAUGCCGUUAAAAUUGAAAGAUCAUGAAAGUCUUUACAUUUUGUGCCAACUGGGCACCAUGGGUUUUGAUAGGGAACUUUGCAAUUUAGGGUAUAAUUUUAGCCUAAUUCCCCUAUCAGUUUGUAAAAGAUUGGGUAUAGGAGAAAUAAAACCCAUUAAUGUGUCCCUGCUUGCCGAUAGAUCGAUGAAGUACCCAAUAAGGGUGUUAGAAGAUGUGUCUAUUAAGGUAGGUAAUCUUUAUAUCCUAAUUGAUUUCAUUAUCAUGGAUAUCAAAGAAGACCUUCAGGUUCCUAUCAUUGUUGGUAGGUCCUUCUUGUGCACUGCUGACAUAAUCAUUGAUGUGAAAGGGGUACAUUGA